AUGAAGUUUCAUGCUUUUUGUCGAUUUUUUUCAACCUCUUGCCUUUUUGGCAAGGCUGUCUCGGACGUUAUUUUGGCGCGUUAUGCCUGCAAGACUUUCCAGGAUGAGGAGGUCAGCGAUGAUACAAUUCACAGGUUGCUUCACCUGAGCAGUCGCGCGCCGAGCGCUUUGAACACGCAACCCUAUGUUUGCGUCGUUGUCAAGUCGGAUUCAGGCAAGGAAGCAUUGGCGCAAGCCAUGGAUGGUCCAAACCCCGCGCAUGUGAGAGAGUCAUCCUUCUCACUGGUGUGGGCAGCAGACCCAAAUCCAGAGCUCCCUCCCGAUGCGCCCGAGUUUGCAGCCUCAUUGCUGAAAGAAGUGUCGUUGAAGCAGCAGUCGACGCAUGAAGCUUGGGCGGUGAAGCAAACGAUGAUUGCUGUUGGGUUCUUCCUCAUUGCAGCCACUGCACAUGGGCUCCAUACAAAUCCAAUGGAAGGUUUUAAGUCUCAAGCAGCCGUUCGUGAAGCAGUUGGGCUGCCAGACAAGUAUGACGUACCUGUGGUCGUUGCAGUUGGCUUUGCCAAGGACCCCAGACCAGCAGCCUCAAGCCGCCGACCGCUGAACGAGACGUUCUUCUGCAAUCGGUUUGGCCAGUCGUUCAAAGCCACGUGA